AUGCUGCUGCUGCUGCUGCUGAAGCAGCAGCAGCAGCAGCAGCAGCAGCAGCAGCAGCGGCAGCAGCAGCAGCAGCAGCAGCAGCGGCAGCAGCCGCUGCAGCAGCAGAAGCGUUCUCAUCUUUUGGGUGGCGAGCGCUCACUGUGGGGCUGCUGCUGCUUCUUGUUUUUGCUGCUGCAGUUGCUGCUGCUGCUGCUGCUUCUGCUGCUGCAGUUGCUGCAGCAGCAGCAGCUGCUGCAGUUGCUGCAGCAGCAGCAGCUGCUGCAGUUGCUGCAGCGGCAGCAGCUGCUGCAGUUGCUGCAGCAGCAGCAGCUGCUGCAGCAGGAGACAUUUAUACUGCGGUAA